AUGAACUGGGAUUAUCUAGCUGAAGACCAAAGCCAACACUAUUUUGCAGCCUGGCUUCAGCUAUUGAUGAAAAAAUCGCCUGCGUUACCACUGAAACUUGCGAAACAUCAUCGCCGUGAAGACGUAGACGCGACUGAGGUCUCGAAAUUUAGCAAUGGUGCUUACAACAUCUGCUGUACCGUCACAUUUGAGGAUGGAUUUCGUGUCAUUGUUCGGUUCCCUAUCCUAGGCCGAAGUCGCUUUCGCACAGAAAAGUCAAGGAAUGAAGUGUUGAUGAUGUUAUAUCUUUAUGAUAAUACAAAUGUGCCUGUACCUCGAGUCCUGGGCGCUGGAAAUUGGGACCUUAUAUGCUCACUGAGCUUAGACCCAACUAUAUCAGGCUCUGAUAUUGAGCAUGCUUUUCGCGGAAUGGCCCACGUCCUCCUGGAACUCUCAAAGCCUGUUUUCCCAUAUAUCGGGGCUAUCACCGAAGAGUCUUGGAUGUGGAAAGUUGGAGGAAGGGCAUUGUCACUCAAUAUGAAUGAGCUUGUCAGCGAAUUAGCAGAGCGGUAUCUCCUUCACCUUGAAUACCAGCGGAAUGAUGCUGUGGACGAUGAACCAGAUUGCCGAAAAAGAUAUAUCGCCCGAUGUCUCUUCAGGAAAAUUACUCGGCAAAUUCCACUCGAGGAAUCCGGUCCCUUCCAUCUUUACUGUGACGAUCUCCGACCACCAAAUGUCCUUGUUUCAGAUUCUGAACCGAAUAUCACCAUAAACAGUGUCAUUGAUUGGGAUUAUACAUACACGGCGCCCGUGGAAUUCACCCAAGCCGCACCCUGGUGGCUUCUUUUCGAAAGUCCGGAGGAUUGGGAAUCUGAUCUGAAUGAAUUUUUACUUCGGUACAUGCCUCGGCUAGAAUUUUUCCUCAAUAUACUCCGAUCCUGUGAAGACGAGCAGAUCAAGAUGCACACAAUGGAAGAAGAUCACCGACUCUCAAACAAGAUGGCAGAGUCUAUGGAGAAUGGAAAUUCCUGGUUUUGUCUUGCGGCAAGGAAGGGCUUCAUGUUUGAUGAUAUUUACUGGGCCUUUCUAGACCAGAGAUAUUUCGGCGAAGGGUCUCUCGAGGACAGAAUCUCACUUUUAUCCCAGGAAGAACUGGAAGAACUUGAGAGACUUGUUCCGUUGAAGAUGCAGCAAGCGAAAGAAAAUACCCUGGAAGAGCAUCUAUCAUAUGAUGAGAUGUAG